UCCAUGACCUCGGGGGUUAGUGAGCAAUCCUGAGCUGGAGGCAUUUGAGAUAAAUUUGAGAUAAAAUUGGAUAACCCUCUGCCGGAUCUGCUUUGAUUUGGAUUCCUUCAUGGAGCAGAGGGUUGGGCUCGAUGGUCAGUUACAGGCAAGGCCUUCCAACCCCAUCCUUCUAUGAUUCUCUGUUUUAACAAUAGUUUCUAAAAGAGGAAUGAUGUUUUUUGUUGUUUUGGGUAGAAACCGUUUUAGGUGUCUGAAAUGCUGGCGAUCGCUAAAGAUGUGCCGAUGUAAUCUGAAAACGUACUAACUCUUGAUUUCAGGAGGAUGAGUCAGGAGCCAAUGUGACUGAGAAGGACAUUUCUGCAAGCCUGGAAGCAGGAUCUGGCCAAGGGGAUGCAAGAGCUAUGGGAAGCGCAAUGGCAGGAGUUCCUGGAGACCCUGCAACCCGUUCCCCCAGGAGGAGGGGACCCCGGCGUGUCCGAGAUGGCCCCGUGGGAUGACACCAAGGCCUUCCUGGCCUCCUUUGAGCAAGUGGCCAAAGCUUGCCGGUGGCCGAGAGAGGAAUGGUCCGCCCAGCUUCUUCCCGCACUGAGUGGAGAAGCGGAGCAGGCCUUUCGGAGCCUGGAAGCCAGAGACAGGGAGGAUUAUGGGAAAGUGAAGGCUGCCAUUUUGCAACGGGAUGCUCUGAGGAUGGAGCUGAAGCGCCAGCAUUUCAGGCAGUUCUGUUGCCAGGAGGUGGAAGACCCCCGUAGGAUUUACAGCCAGCUGCAGGAGCUUUGCCACCGGUGGCUGAGGCCGGAGAGACGCAGCAAGGAGCAGAUCCUGGAGCUGCUGAUCCUGGAGCAGUUCCUGGCCAGCCUUCCUCCGGACCUCCAGGACUGGAUCCGGGCGGGAGGGCCGGACUCCUGCUCCCAGGCGGUGGCCCUGGCAGAGGACUUCCUCAUGAGCCGGCAACAGGCUGAGAGAGAGAAGUGGCAGGGGCCGAUAAAAGUGGAGUGUUUGGAUUCCCCGGAUCUAGAGGAAGAUGAGCCGUCAGGCACUGCGGAUGGACAGAUCUACGGUGAAGUCGCAGAAAACAACGAUGUGGAGAUCAGCAUGCUAGGGGAGGAAAGUCAUGUGAAGAAAGAGAAUCUUCAGUGGGGAGAAAGUGAACCGGAGGACAUGCCCGGGACGGUUCUACACAUAAGUGGAGGGAAUAUGCUGGAGAGGACGGAGACGCACAAGGAAGGGUGCGAAACGAAAGAGGAAUGGGGAAGGCAGCUGGAAGCGAGAGAGAACACAUGCCAUGAGUUCCCAGAAGGCGCAGUUCUCCAGCCUUCUGAAAUAGACUCAAGGGGAAAGGUGCUGUUGUUUCCCAAGUGUGGAAGAAGAUACCACUCCAGGUUAGAAUUUGAGGUGUUGGAGGACCACAGAGAAUUCCCCACGCUUGAGGAAGACUUCAUUCAAAACUCCCACCCUGAGAAACAACUGAGAACCAUGUCUGGAGAGAGUAAAUCAGAAUUCUUUGGGAACAGAAAGCGGGAUAAUUUGGCCAGAGAACAGAAUAACCAGACCGAAGCAAAAUCUCACAGGUCUUCCAAGUGUGGAAACCGAGUUUCCUCAGAAACACUUCAGAGAAAUGAAUCUCUUGGAGGCAAAAUGAAACCGUACGAAUGUUCUCAUUGUAAGAAACACUUCAGUGAAAGAGAACAUUUGCUAAAUCAUGAGCAACUUCAUACCGGAAAGAAAAGGCGGGAAUGUCCCACCUCCGGGAAAGUCUUCCCUUUUCGGCAGGCAGUCAAGCGAUACAAGGGGAUUUAUCCGGGAGAGAAACCGUACAAAUGUUCUUGGUGCGGCGCAAGCUUCAGCGAGAGGGGCAAGUUGAAAAGACAUCAGAGGAGCCAUACUGAAGAGAGAGAGUUUCAGUGUCCUGAGUGUGGGAAAACCUUCAGUCGGAGUGAUUUUUUAAAGAUCCACGAGAGAAUUCAUACUGGGGAAAAACCCUAUAAAUGUGGCCAGUGUGGAAAAGCCUUCACUGAGGGAGGAAAUCUAAAGAGACAUGAGAGAAUUCAUACUGGAGAGAAACCGUACAAAUGUUCCCAGUGUGGGAAGUGUUUCACUGACGGAGGAACUCUGAAGCAGCAUCAGAGAAUCCAUACUGGGGAGAAACCCUACAUAUGUUCCCAGUGUGGGAAAUGCUUCACGAAGAGAGGAACUCUGAAGCAGCAUCAGAGAAUCCAUACUGGGGAGAAACCCUAUGGAUGUUCUGAGUGUGGGAAAGCAUUUGGACAGAGAGGAGCCUUGAUGAGGCAUCAGAGGGUUCAUACAGGGGAGAAGACCCACAUGGCAGAGAACCCCUACGCCUGUCCUGACUGCGGGCAGAGCUUUGGUAAGAAAUCCCAUCUUGUCACCCAUGAGAGGACCCACACGGGAGAGAAGCCGUACCAGUGCUCCGACUGUGGGAAGAGCUUCAGCCAGAAAGGAAAUCUCGUCUCCCACAUGAGGAUUCACACCGGAGAGAAACCGUACAAAUGCUCCCAGUGUGGCAAAGCCUUCUCUCAUUGCACAUCCUUGAUGAUGCACGCGAGAACCCACACGGGGGAGAAACCCUACAAGUGUUCCGCCUGUGAAAAAAGUUUCGUUAACAAAGGAAACCUCGUCUCACACGUGAGAAUCCAUACUGGGGAGAAACCCUACGAGUGCGCUGACUGUGGGAAAAGCUUCAGCACUAGCUUUCAGUUUAUUGAACAUAAAAGGCUCCACACAGGGGAGAAACCGUACACGUGUUCGGACUGCGGACAAAGCUUUAACUCAAAAUCAAACCUUAUUACGCACAAAAGGACCCACACCGGGGAGAAACCGUAUCAGUGCACAAUCUGUGGGAAGGGCUUUCGGGUCAAAUCAUCUCUUACAAAACAUACAAGAAUCCAUACAGGGGAGAAGCCUUAUGGAUGCUCUGAGUGUGGGAAAAGCUUCAAUACUAGCUCUUUGCUUGUAAACCACAAAAGGGUUCACACGGGAGAGAAACCCUAUAAAUGCUCGGCCUGUGGGAAGAGCUUCCGUCAGAAAGGAAACCUUGUUUCGCAUACGAGAAUCCACACAGGGGAGAAGCCCUACCGGUGUUGUGAUUGUGACAAAAGCUUUAUUGAUAAGAAAUCUCUUAUUAAACACCAGAGAACACAUACAAGGGACCACGGUUAUGAAUGUUCAGAGGUGGGGCAAAACUUCAGGUAGGGUUGGGUGCUGACGUAGCUCAGAAGAAUUAAAGAGACAACAGGAUCUUUCAGGCCUGUGAAGACAUUUUGUAGCUUCAACUGGUCUCCUCGGAAGGAUAGCCGGCUGUUUGAAAGCCCUUCCUCAUGACACUUUGUUGAAAUGUGUUUGUGGAAAUGCAUUGCAUUGUGAAGGGGUAUCAUAUCUUAGCUUGUUUUUAAAUAAAUCCCAUUCUUUAAUAUCCACUGUUGUUUUUCUCUCACUUUUGCCAACCCAGAGAAGAUAAGAUGGCCAGGAGGUUCAGUGUCCCCGCCCGCAGGAUUUUCCGUUUGGUGUGUUGUGUACAGACUAUACUGUAGGUUUUAUGUGACCAUUGUUGCUUCUCUCAUUAAAUUCUGUAGUUCACAAAGUUGUUCUCGAUACACUGCCUCUCUUCUGAAGGGGGCGGGUGAGAUCUUGUCACAAGAGUGUAAGAAAAAAGUGGGCUAGGUCAGAUCAGACAAAGACCAAGAGCAUCCACACUAGCAUACGUAUUUCCAGUCGUGGGUGUGAAAGCCGAACAGGAAAAAAAGCUGAGAAAGAAAAUGAUUUGUUUGAAAAAUGGUGCUGAAGGAGAGCUUUGUCAAAACCCCGGAGUGCAAGAAAGACCAGCAAAUGGGUCCCAGAUCAAAGCCUGACCUCUUUCUGGAGGCAAACAUGUUGAAACUGAGGCUGCCCGACUUUGGGCGCCUCCUAAGAAGGAAAGAUUCUCAGGAAAAGUCACUGGUGCUGGGAAAGGUGGAAGGCAGCAGGAGAAGAGGAAGACCAAAUAUGGAGAUGGACUGAGUCCCUAA